AUGGACCUCGCUACGGGGGCCAUGGGCAACCUCCUCCUCAAGCUUGGAAAGCUCCUCAAGGAGGAGUAUGAGCUGCAGACCGGCGUCAAAGAAGGCGUCCAACAUCUCGAAAGAGAGCUGAGAACCAUGCAUGCCUCCCCCCGCAAGGUCGAGGAUGUGCCACGGGACCAACUCGAUGAGCUGGUCAAGCUUUGGGUCGACGAUGUGAGGGACCUAUCAUUCAAAAUGGAGGACAUCGUUGACACAUUCCUGGUAAGCGUUGAGGGUUUUGAGCCCACUGUCAAGCCACACAAGCUCAAGCGGCUCAUGAAGAAGAUGGGUGACUUGUUCACGAAGGGCAAGACUCGACAUGAAAUUGCUGAUGAGAUCAAAGGCAUCAAGGUACGUGUCCAGGACGCAGCUGACCGACGUGAUAGGUACAAGGUCAAUGACAUGGUGGUUAAUCCAAUUGACACAACCAUGGUUGACCCUCGCCUGUUGGCUUUGUACAAGGAUCAGAAAGAGCUUAUAGGCAUCGAUGGGGUAGUUAACGAGCUAACCAAGAUUCUGACUGAUGAGGAUGGGGAGGCCUUCAUGCAACUCAAGAUAAUCUCUAUUUUUGGAUUCGGGGGCCUUGGCAAGACAACUCUCGCCAAAGCAGUGUAUGAUAAGCUCCGAGCGCAAUUCACUUGCAGCACUUUUGUUCCGGUAGGACGGAAUCCUAGCGCAAAGAAACUCCUCAAUGACAUUCUGUUUGGAAUUACCAAUCAAAUAUACCCAGGGUUGGAUGAAAGGCAGUUGAUCGACAAAAUCAGAGGAAUACUUGAGAAGAAUAGGUACUUCAUUGUUAUUGAUGAUAUAUGGGAUACCGAAAUAUGGGAUAUACUCAGGUGCGCUUUGAUGCAUAAUAAUUGUGCCAGCAGGAUAAUCACAACUACUCGCAUCCUUGAAGUCGCCACAAAUACCGGUGAAGUAUACAAGCUAGAACCACUUUCUCAUGAUUUAUCUAAGGAGUUAUUUAAUACAAGAUUAUUUGGUGGUAAGAAUAAAUGCCGUUAUGAUCCACCGGAAGAGGUGUACAAUAAAAUUUUACAUAAAUGUGGUGGCAUACCGUUGGCUAUAACUACAAUAGCCAGCCUACUUGUUGGUAAACCAGUGGAGCUUUGGUCCAAGGUAUACAACUCAAUUGGUUUUGGAUAUGAAGAUAACAAAGAUGUUGACAACACGAGAAAAAUACUUUUAUUUAGCUACUAUGAUCUACCUUGUCAUUUCCGGACUUGUUUAUUAUAUUUGAGCAUAUAUCCGGAAGAUCAUAUGAUUGAAAAAGAUAGUUGGUUAUGGAAGUGGGUUGCCGAGGAUUUUGUUCAUGAGGAACCAGGGGUAGGGUUGUACGGCAUUGGCGAGAGAUACUUCAAUGAACUGAUAGAUAAAAGUAUGACACAACCAUAUGAGUUUCCUGUAAAUAAGGGCAUCAUAAGUGGUUGUCGUGUCCAUGACAUGGUGCUCGAUAUGAUCUGUCUAUUAGCGAAGGAAGAAAAUUUUGUCACUGUAUUGGACAGUAAUGAACAUCACACAUAUUCAACACAGAGCACUGUUCGUAGGUUAGCAGUUGGAGACAAAACUCGUCUGGUUAACACUUGUAUGGCACAAGUAAGGUCAUUAAAUGACUUCAAUAGUGAUGUUAUGCUGCCACCAUUUUCAUGCUUUGAAGUUUUGCGUGUCCUAGCUCUAGAAGGUGGUGUUUUUUCUAAAAACAACACUAGCUGUCUUGAGAAUCUUGGAAAUUUAGUACAUUUGAGGUACCUUGGAAUAGGGAAAAUGGUGGAUAUCCAUAGGCUCCCGAAGGAAAUAGGGGGGCUCAGAUUCUUACAAACACUGGAUUUGGGAUGUGAUGGACUAAGAGAACUGCCGCAGAGUGUUGGCCUACUAAUUCAACUCAAGUGCCUACGCGCUUAUGGUAGGCACAUGAUAAUGCCAGACUGGAUCAGGAGGCUUACAUCUCUACAAGAGCUGUGGGUAAGCCAGGUCGACGAGUCUUCAAACUUUAUGAAUGAGCUUGGCAAGCUAACAGAGCUGAGGAAGCUCCGCACAACUGGAACAUUAUGGCUGUUCCAUGCAAGCUCGAUGAAAGCUUGGAUGGAGUCUUUAGUCAAACUGCAGCAAAUCCAAACCAUAGACAUUUGUUUGGUUGUGUCAGUUGGAUAUGAUGACUCCACUUGCUGCUGGGAAGGCUACGUCCCUCCUCGACAAUUCUGUAUUCAGUACCUGUGGUACAACUACAAACAACCUGGUUUGGGUGCUCCAAUUGAUUUGGUGCUUUUAAACACCUCCCAUUUAUCCGUGUUGGUGGAGAAUGAGAUCUUUGCAAGGUUUCCAGAGCUUGUUACUCUCCGUUUGAAUAUGCCGAGAGGUCACUAA